CUUUUAUUUUUCAAUCCAUUGAUGUAAAAUUUUUUUUUUUAGCUAAAUUAAAAAUGCGUGAAAGAUUAAAUUACAAUAGUUUAUUUAUGACUUGUGGGAAUAUUUGUUACUCAGUUGAAAAAAGGUUUAUCCCAGAGAAAUAACAAUUUAGGAGUUAAGAAUCUAAGCUAUCUUCCUCUUAGGCAUCAUUAUACUACUUUACAUCAAAUUAGUAUGAAUUAAUAUUCUCUGAUAAGCGGUACGUUUCAUGAAUAAUAUACAAAUGAAUUUCAUAUAAAGCAGCAAUUCACAAUAUCUCUGGUUUCUUUCUUCUUAAAAAAUCAAGCAAAAUGUUUUUUGUGCUCACCACAAAUUUUAUUCUCGUAAUAUUUAAUUCAUUUCAAGCAUUAGCAGAUUACGACUACAAAAAUCCUGAUUCCUGGUCAGUUGAACAUGCUGAAUGUUACGGUCGAAUGCAAUCACCUAUUGAUAUUGAUCUAUUCGUUAAUUCUGGUCAGCAACAUUGGUACAACAAUCUCGUUUUCUUCAAUUAUCAUGAACUACCUACAAUGGCUAAAUUAUUGAACGAUGGACAUACAUUGAAAAUUGAAUUUGAAUGGAACCAUUUUGCUCCCCAAAUUCAUGGUGGACCACUUCAUGAUGUUUAUCAAUUGGAAAAUCUACAUUUCCAUUGGAAUACGAAUCAUCACAGUGGAAGUGAACAUAAAAUAAAUGGAGAAAGUUUUCCUCUGGAGAUGCACAUGGUUCAUUUCAACCGUAGAUAUAAUUCCUACUCAAAUGCAUUAAAUUACAGAGACGGAUUGGCUGUCGUAGCAGUUAUGUUUGCUUUAUCGUCUGAAGACCAAAGUCUUUUACUGUCUAAAAUUCUAGCUAAUUCAUCUGAAGUAACGAAUAAAUAUUCAAACAUUCAUAUUCAACCAUUUAGACCUCAUAUGUUUUUAAAUGAAGGAAUAUUCCAGAAUUAUGCAGUUUAUUUUGGAUCACUCACCACUCCUCCUUGUACAGAAGGUGUAGCUUGGUUCGUAUCACUUCAACCACUUCCUGUUUCUACGACAGAAAUGCAUAAGUUCAGAUCUUUACAGUUGGCAAAUAAUGAUGAUCAUAAUAAUCGACCUAUCCAACCACGAAAUGGUCGCAGUAUAAACAUUAUUGAAAGUUACUUUUAAUUCAUCUUUUAUAACUUUGAUUACUUAUAAUUAUAAAAAAGAUAAAUAUAGUUAUUUGAUCUCUAAUUGGAUUAUCAUUGAUAAUUAUGUCAUCCAUAUUAAUAUAUGAACGUUUCAUCUCUGCGAAUCUUUGCAAAUAAAAUAUUUCACUAUCAGACAAUUCUCGAUCUAAGUUCUAGUGGAUUAUUGAUGUAAUUAAAAUGAUCGUGAAACUUCCCGAUGAGUAAUGGUAACCUGAGAGGAUUAUUGAGUUAUUAUUUUUUUAUUUUUAUCCUAGAUACAAUCUAGCAUUAUAUAAACUAUCAUUCAG